AUGUCGGGGUUGCCUUCUGAUUCACCAUCAGUCUUUUCAUCGCAUCACCCACCUCACCUGCCGCCAGUGCAACAAUUUGCUCAACAAUCGCCAUACCAUGCUGCAGCUUACGGAUCUGUACCUGUGACGCCUGUCAAUGCCUUUGCGCCAUCACUCCCACCACUCCAAACUAGUACCAGCGGAUCACCAGCUCAGGAUGCAAAGACGUCUACGCCUGAUGGCGAACGCACGAAACCUAAACAGAAGCGUAACAAGCCUACGCUGAGCUGCGAAGAAUGUGUUGAGCGCAAGACCAAGAAAGACAACGGAGUUGAAAAGCAAAGGCACAUGGUCAAGCCACCACCUGCCAAGAUCAGAAAACUGAACGGCUCUUUCGAUGGCUCCUCAUCUUCACCAUCCAGUGUUACUGGCAUAAAGCAAGUUCCUUUCUCCAAACAAACGCCAUCUAACAUUUUUGGCAUUGGCUCAUCUCAUCCCUUCACGAACUACUGGACAUGUCAAGGUGGUCUACCUGAGGUCCUCGCAGUGCUGCCAAGCAAGCAGCAGGCUGAUAUCUUGAUCGCCAAGUACUUUGAGUGCGUGGCUCCUGUGUAUCCUUUCCUACAUCGACGAACCUUUUACGUGGCAUAUGAACGAUUCUGGGCCUUACCAGAAAAGGAACGCGAAACUGCUGAUGCUGAUCUGAUUGCUUUGCACUUUGCUCUAUAUGCUAUGGGUACGCAAUUCAUGGACCUUGCAAGUUAUGAUGCGAAAAGUUCGAGUGCCGAAUUUCUGGCUUCUGCUGCCAACCAGGCACUUCGCAUCUACUCGUACCUCAACAGAUCAUCGCUCAGAGCUCUCGGUGCUCAGAUCCUGCUGUGCUAUUUCUUGAUGAACGACAACCAUGCAUCGGAUGCAUAUGCUUGGUCUGGAAUCAUUGUACGACAGGCUUACGCACUGCGACUCCAUCGCGAUCCUGACAUCAUCUUACCAAACAUCUCGCCUGUGGAAAAGCACACGCGAAGGAGGUUCUGGCAGGCCAUUCUCCAUCAAGACACCUUCCUCACAGUGCUACUCAAGCUGCCGCCAACAGCCACUCACAGCGAUGUCUCGAUUGACUCUUUGACUAAUGAGACAGAAGUUGAAGCUCAGGACUCGACCAGAUACACAGGCAGCAGUGCUCGUAUUGAGAACCUUAUGAGCAUCAACGUUAUCGCGCCCCCGCAGGACACUCCCAAACAGCCCGAACCUCCCAUACUACCACACCAAAGAAUCACCGAAGACGUCGACAAAGCAGACGUUCUGUAUGUGAAGUCAUUGUGGCGUUUGGCACUGAAAGUACAGGAAAAUCUAUGCUCUCCAGUCUCUCUGUCCAUCCCGAUAGCCAAAACGCCNCGCGCNAAAACAACUUUGGUCAACUCUUUCCGCGAAAUUUGGAAGUCCGCUCCUUCUUUCCUCACAACGUCAGACUAUGAGACUUUGCGGCAGAUGUCUCAAAACAGUGGUAGAGCGGUUCGUCAAAACUUGUUCUUCACAAGCAACUACUACCACUGUUUGAUGAUUAUUCAAGCUUUCGAAGACGCAGAGGUGGGUGUAGAGCUCAACUUCCGUGGCGCAUUAGAAGCAGCGCACGAAGCCAUUUGGGCCUACUUCAAGCUCAAUGACUUUUUCGAGAGCGAUGCUGGUGUUUGGUGGGUCUUCCAACACCGAGCCUUUGAAGAAGCUUGCAAAGAAGCCGUACGUCGCAUGAUUGAUCUCUUGCAGCGACAAGGAGGGUCUCAAGAGAUGAACAAGCACAGACACGGCGCAUUGCUUACUGCUUACGAGCAUGUCGCCAUUUGA